UUCUUCUUCUUCCCUCCUACUUCCUUCUGCUCUCUGUAUCUUCCUCUCUGCUAGCUCAUCCUCUCCAAUGGCCGCUUAUGAGAAACCCAGCCCUGCUAAAAGAGAAUAUCUGAUAGUAAGGCCAGAGAAGAUAGGAUGGUUUCAUCUAUUAAGCCUCUUGAUUUUUAGAAGAAACCUUACGAGCUAUAAGUUUCUGGAGACAGACUCGGUCGAGGAAGGCAUUCCUACUGAUAUUAUCACUGUGAUUACUCUAUUUAUCCAAAAAUUACUUGCAUCAAUUAGCGGACCAAUGAAGGUUACAGGACUUAUAGUUGAGUUCUUGCUGAACUUCAUAUCACUUAAUGGUGGAAUACUAGGACUUAUCAAGCGCAUUAUCACAGUGUCGGUGGUAAUCCCAAAGCGUGAAGAUGCAAAUUUCAGGACUUUAAUUGGUCAAAUUGAUGGCAGAACCAAUCUUUACAAGAGCAAUGCCUUGAUCCAAUAUUAUCCCUUUAUGGAAGCUUUCUCUGAUCUUAGCGACUUAAAUUUGCUGGAUCUCACCAUGAUGUCUUCCAAGAUAGCCUAUGAAAAUGCUGCUUUUAUCAAGAAUGUCGUCAAUAAUGUUUGGAAGAUGCACUUUGUCGGGUUCUACAAUUGCUGGAACAAAUUCUUGAACGAUCACACAACACAAGCUUUCAUAUUCUGCAACAAAGAAACCGACGCUGACUUGAUUGUUCUUGCCUUCCGAGGAACCGAACCCUUCAAUGCCAACGACUGGUCCACUGACGUUGACCUCUCCUGGCUCUUAGCCAAUAAACUGGGAAACAUCCAUUUAGGUUUUCUGAAAGCUCUCGGCCUCCAAAAUGAGAAAAGCUUCCUUCUUGGUUUUCCAACAAACUUCAAUAGCACAACAGACAAACCAAUCGCCUAUUACACCAUUAGAGAGCAGCUCGCAAGCUUGCUCAAAGUUCACAAGAAUGCAAAGAUCGUUGUGACUGGACACAGCCUGGGUGGUGCACUUGCAGCUCUUUUUCCUGCUUUGUUAAGUUAUCACAAUCAAAGCAAUAUUUUGAGCUCGUUGUAUGGCACGUUCACUUACGGGCAGCCAAGAGUGGGGGAUCAGAUUUUUGUAGCUUAUGUGAAAGCUAUAAUCAAGGCUAAGUCUUACAGAAUGGUUUACAGGUAUGAUGUGGUUCCUAGGAUUCCAUUCGACGCCCCACCGGUUGCUUUGUUCAAGCAUUUUGGUACUUGCGUUUACUACAAGAGUUGGUAUAAGGCAGAGAUAAUGGACGAUGCUCCUAAUCCGAACUACUUCGAUCCUCUGUUCGUGGUUUCAAUGUACCUAAGUGCUUGGGGUGACCUUCUGAAAGCUCUAUUCAUCAGAUGGACGCAAGGGAAGGAAUACAAAGAAGGAACCAUCUCAAUACUCUACAGAUGCCUUGGGCUAAUAAUACCUGGCAUUGCCUCCCACAGCCCAAGAGACUAUGUCAAUGGAGGAAGACUAGCAAAGAUGGCUCAGAAGUUUAUGGUUUGAUUUUGAUCUGAAUCUAUCUAUAAAGUUGGAAACUUUUUUAUGUAUGUUGGUGCUUGGUGUAGCUAGCUAAGCGUUAGGGGCUUUGCCUCCUUAUCUUAAAGUGAAUUGAAGUAGCUAAUUAAGGACUUUGCUCGUAUGGAUGUUUUAAAUGGCAGGAAUAAUAUAUGUAUCCUUUGAUUGAAACUUCUUA